AUGCAGGAGGUUGAACAGCAAUAUCUCAUGCCAAUGGACAAAAACGCCAAAGUCUGGAUGCAACAAUUGCUCGGAAUCACGUUGAAGUGGGUAAACAGAGUGAUGUCACUUAUGAAACACGAGGAACUAGGGAAAGUCCUAGAGAAAUACUGCCAAACCUCGUACGGUCGCUACCAUUUUGAUUCCAUUGUUGCGGACGGAAUGGUAGCAUCUAAGUUGCCUGAGCUCUUCGAUAAUGAAACCGAUACUAUCAUUUGCUCUGGAGAUAGGAUCACUGUUACUACCCCAGAUCCCGAAAAGUUUCCACUACCUGAUCUAGAUCUACUUGAUCUUCAGUGGACGUUACAUCGGCUUGGUGCAAUGUGUGCCGCGGCAGGCUGGCAACCAGCUGAUCAAGCAGAUGAUGAUGAUGAUGAUGAUGAUGAGAUUUACUUGCUUCCUGAGAAACCUUUGGAAAUGUGCACACCCAUUUCACACCGGACUGGUAUAUCGCAGAAACAAGAGGCCAAGCAAGCCUACUUCAAGGAUGUGAUCGAAAAUGCAAUCAAUUCAUGGAAUCUCCACUGUGGGCACUAG